CGAAUGCAGCAUUGGCAAGACUGGCCGUAUAGAGAGCCCAACUGUCGUGCAAUCACAACAAAGUGACAGCGGAACACGGCACUGACGGACGGCAGCCGGAAAGCAGCAGCCGCGAGGGAACGCACGCUCGCUUGCGUCAAGGCGAAGACGAGACCAACUCGAGACACGCACACAAAAAAAGAAAAAGCCGUUCCCGAAAUGCUCUACUUGGUCGGUUUGGGUCUCGGCGACGCCGCCGACAUCACCGUCAAGGGUUUGCAGGUGGUCAAGAAAUGUUCGCGAGUCUACUUGGAGGCCUACACCUCCAUCUUGACUGUGGGCAAGGAAGCGCUGGAGGAGUUUUACGGAAAGGACGUGAUCUUGGCCGAUCGCGAUAUGGUGGAGCAGGAAGCCGAGCGCAUCCUGAAGGAGGCCGAGGAGACGGACGUGGCCUUCCUGGUGGUGGGCGACCCCUUCGGCGCCACCACGCACAGCGACCUGGUGCUGAGAGCCACGCGGGCCGGGAUUCCCUACCGAGUGGUCCACAACGCCUCCGUCAUCAACGCCGUGGGCUGCUGCGGCCUGCAGCUGUACAACUUUGGCGAGACGGUAUCUCUGGUCUUCUGGACCGAGUCGUGGCGACCCGAGAGCUUCUACGACAAGAUCCUCCAGAACCGGGAGGCCGGUCUGCACACGCUCUGUUUGCUGGCAGAUAUCAAAGUCAAAGAGCAGUCCUUGGAGAACUUGAUGAGAGGCAAGAAGAUCUACGAGGAGCCCCGUUUCAUGAGCGCCUCCCAGGCGGCCUCUCAGCUGCUGGAAAUCGUCCGGAGGAGGCGGGAUCGGGGGGAGGAGCCCCGUCGCGCCGGCCUGACGGAAGACACUCCGUGCGUGGGCGUGGCCAGACUGGGCGCCGCCGACCAGAAGAUCCGCGUGGCCACGUUGGCCGAGAUGAGCGCGCGCGACGAGCUGGGCGCCCCGCUCCACUCGCUGGUGCUCCCCGGCAAGCUCCACCCGCUGGAGGCGGAGAUGUUGCGGCUCUACGCCACCGACGACGUCCUGCCGCGCCUGCCCCUGGACUCCUGACGCUCGCGGCCUUCCGUCCCUUCCUUUGUCACGCUAGCGCUACAAAAUUAAAAGAUGGACGCCGGACACGCAUUUUUACUCGUUUCGUUCAUUUUGACGCUCGCUCGUUGUGCGUGCGCGUCGGUAAAAUUGCCCGGACGGAGAGG